AUGAACCCGUCACCCCAAGCCCAAGAUCCGCUUGCUGAGGAGCUUAUCGCCAAACUUCGCAAAUAUGGUCUUGACCGCGAUGAAUCACUGCCACAUCUCGUUAUAUCCGGUAAUCUUUCUGCUGGCCGAGACUCUGUACUAAGAGAUUGGAAACUGCAUACCCCAUUCUCUACGGAAAUCGUUCUGCGAUGUAGCGAAGUCACCUCUUUCACCAUCAGAUUGAUUCCCGAUUUUUCCAGACCCGCUUCACAAAAAUCCAUCAUAAAGGCAUUUCAGAAGUCUAUCACUCAUAUUGGUGAACUUCCAGCUGUUGUAUUUUUGGCAACUACAAAAAUACAUACGGUUCCCGACACAAAAGACCUACCAGAUAAAACACCAUGGAAAGAUGUUUUGAGGAUUGAAAUAGAAGGCCCGUCGCAACCACAUCUCACCUUACUCGAUAUUCCUAGCCUUCUUGGAAAUAUCUCUAGAAUAAACAAUGGAUGCUACGAAGAUAAUACCGCUUCGAUUGCCGAAACAACUUCCUUCACAGCCGGCUCCAACACACCCACUCACACAGCUAUCACAGAAGAUUUCUUCCCUCCCGUUGCUUCCCGAGACACAGUUCCCCACGCCGGCAGAACAUUUAUGAUUAGAGAUCGUGACCAUGGCCGAGUAAUCGCGCUCAAAGAAGGAACCCUCCAAGUAUCCCCCAAUAUCCCUCGAGCCGGUGGAUGCCACUGGAUAUGUAUAGAGCGCGACGGCUGGUUUGGCUUCCGCAACAGCGUCUCUGGACAAUUUUUUGGCCAUGAUGGUAAAGGGAAAUUCCAUUGCAAGGUUUCGCACCAUCGAAACCAUGAGUGGUUUUGUACAAGGGCUCAUCCCUCGGGCGGACAUCUCUUGUUGAUGUUACAUGGGGAUAAAUUUCGACAGAUGAAAAUUGGGAAUGAUGAUACGGAAUUGGUGGAGACGGAUGGGGAGGGAACUGCGUGGGAUUUUAUAGAAGUCUAG